CAGGACGACGAGAAGCCCCGGUGCCCCCGCUGACCCCACGGGGGUCGGCCCGCAUGCCCCUCCCCGCUGCGGGGCCACGGGGGAGGCGGAAGCGGACGAGCCCGGCCCGGCCCUGGCGCCGGCUGGGGAGGGCGUCGCGGGGCGCUGGCGGUCCCGGCAGGAGCAGGUCGCCAUGGAGAGCCUGGCCGGCUACGUGUACAAGGCGGCCAGCGAGGGCCGGGUCCUGACCUUGGCCGCCCUGCUGCUGAACCGCUCCGAGAGCGACAUCCGCUACCUGCUGGGCUACGUCACCCACCAGGGUGGGCAGCGCUCGACCCCGCUCAUCAUCGCCGCCCGCAACGGGCACGCCAAAGUCGUGCGCCUGCUCCUGGAGCACUACCGCGUGCAGACCCAGCAGACCGGCACCGUCCGUUUCGACGGUUAUGUCAUUGAUGGCGCCACUGCGCUGUGGUGUGCAGCCGGGGCAGGGCACUUUGAGGUCGUGAAGCUUCUGGUCAGCCACGGGGCCAACGUCAACCACACGACCGUGACCAACUCCACGCCGCUGCGUGCCGCCUGCUUUGACGGGAGGCUCAACAUCGUGAAGUACCUGGUGGAGAACAACGCCAACAUCAGCAUCGCCAACAAGUAUGACAACACCUGCCUUAUGAUUGCGGCCUACAAGGGCCACGGGGACGUGGUGCGUUACCUCCUGGAGCAGCAUGCCGACCCCAACGCCAGAGCGCACUGUGGCGCCACCGCCUUGCACUUUGCGGCCGAGGCCGGCCACUUGGAGAUCGUCCGCGAGCUGGUGAAGUGGAAGUCCGCCAUGAUGGUGAACGGCCACGGGAUGACGCCCUUAAAGGUCGCCGCCGAGAGCUGUAAAGCUGACGUGGUUGAGCUGCUGCUGGCACACGCCGACUGCGACCGCAAGAGCAGGAUAGAGGCACUAGAGCUCCUGGGGGCCUCCUUUGCCAACGACCGGGAGAACUACGACAUCAUGAAGACCUACCACUACUUGUAUUUAGCCAUGCUCGAGCGGUACAAACAUAGCGAGGACGUUAUAGAAAAGGAAGUCUUGCCUCGUAUCGAAGCAUACGGCAACCGCACAGAAUGCCGGACUCCCCGGGAACUGGAAUCCAUUCGGCAGGACCGGGAUGCCCUGCACAUGGAAGGCCUCAUCGUCCGGGAGCGCAUUCUGGGCUCGGACAACAUCGAUGUCUCCCACCCGAUCAUUUACCGUGGGGCCGUCUAUGCGGACAACAUGCAGUUUGAACAGUGCAUCAAGCUCUGGCUGCAUGCCCUGCAUUUGCGGCAGAAGGGCAACCGGAACACCCAUAAGGACCUCCUCCGGUUUGCUCAGGUGUUCUCCCAGAUGAUACACUUGAAUGAGCCAGUGAAGGCCAGGGACAUCGAGAGCGUCCUGAGGUGCAGCGUCCUGGAGAUAGAGCAGGGGAUGGCCAGGGUCAAAAGCUCUCAGGACGCUGAGCUCCACACCGCCAUGGACAACUAUGAAUGCAAUAUCUUCACCUUCCUGUACUUGGUGUGCAUCUCCACCAAGACCCAGUGUAGGGAUGAGGAGCAGUCCCGCAUUAACAAACAGAUUUAUAACUUGAUUCACCUCGACCCCAGGACACGAGACGGGUCUAGCUUGCUGCACCAUGCGGUCAACUCCGGCACACCAGUGGAUGAUUUUCACACCAAUGACGUCUGCAGCUUCCCCAAUGCACUGGUCACAAAGCUCCUCUUGGACUGCGGGGCGGACGUCAACGUGGUGGACAACGAAGGGAACACUCCGCUGCACGUCAUAGUCCAGUACAACCGGCCAAUCAGUGAUUUUUUGACCUUGCACUCUAUCAUUAUCAGCUUGGUUGAGGCUGGUGCUCAUACAGAUAUGACUAACAAACAAAAGAAAACCCCUCUUGACAAAAGCACCACUGGUGUGUCGGAAAUACUCCUGAAAACUCAGAUGAAACUGAGUCUGAAGUGCCUGGCCGCUCGAGCUGUGCGUGUUUAUCACAUCAGCUAUCGCAACCAGAUCCCGAAAGCACUGGAAGAAUUUGUAGGAUUCCACUAGGGCCACCCAGAGAUGGCGGUGCUUCUUCCUCCCUCGAAGGGUCAAGCACUGGUCAAUAAAAGAGAGGGCAGAGAUUUUGAAUGUCCUUGUCCUCCCUCUUAUUUUGGUAGCAAAUGUGCACCAACCAGCCCUUCAUAAACUGGCUCAGUCACUUUGGUCUGUGAACUUAGCCUCUGGUUUCUGAAGUUCUGGAUGGCAGAACUCACAAAGUUUUGCUUCUCUCUUAGUGAAAUGGGUGGUGCUGGUGGUGAGGAAAUCAACCUAAGCUAGAAUUGGUGUAAAAUAUUUUGAUACUAUGAUGCACACGGGUUUUACCAUUGACAGCCGAGAAUGCUUUAAGCAGCUACAUGCAAAGAGGUUUGCAUUUAACGAGUUGAGCCAGCGUGUUACCUAUGCAGCCAUUUGGAAAGUUGUCUUGAGGGUGUAAGAGAGUAGGAAAGAGUAGGAAGGCUCUUACUGCUGGAACAGUACUGAAACAUACAACGCAAUCCAGGGAAAUUAAUUCUUCACCAGCCUCUUUUUAAUGCCUUUCAUGUCUUACUGAAGAUGUCAGUAACAUUGAUUUUUAAUUUCUUCUUUCCGUGGAAUGAAAAUAAUGGGUCGUUUCCCUUGAAGCCAAAGGAAAAUGCAGGUUAACAUCCGAGUGUGGGAAUGGGUGUCUCCUCACUGCUUAAAUUCUUAGCAUCACCUUGGUUUUUGCUGUGAAAGUAAAGCAGGCUUAGCUCUAAAUCAAAGUCUUUAUCAUGAAGCAUUUAAAAAAAUCAGUUGUAUGAGUUUGCAUGAAACAUGUUUUUGUUUUCCCGAUGAGGUAACGCAGCCUCCCCCAGUCAAGCACCCUGGAACUUUGUGGCACUGUGACCGUAGCCCCCCCCCCCCCCGGGGUUGCAGUCAUGCAUGCGUGGAGGGCGCUUGGUUUUGAAUGGCCAGGCUGGAGCACUCUGUUUCAGGCCAGGUCUUGCUCUCACACCGGCUGUGUUAAUCUGAAACACAUUUUCCUGCUACCUUCCAACUUGCUGGCAAACCAGAAUGCUCUAAGUUAUGAGCUCGUUUUAUUUGGGAAAUAAAUGCCCUGGCAGGGAAGGAUCAGGGAAGAAUAGCCAGUUGUGCUCACAGCUCUACCCUGCUAUUAAAAUAAUACCUAUUUUUCAGUAUUUCAGGAAAAUAGAUUCCCAUCCGCAAAAAAGCCUCUUUCCCUCCCAGCAAACAACCUAAAUUAGGCUAUUUAAAAAAUCAUUAGCAGUAUCUCGAUUGUAAGAAAAAUAUUUGACUUGUGAAAAGUGUCUGUCCUGAACAGAAACUUCAGCAGCCAAAUGUCACUUUUCAAACAGGUCACUGAAAACACUUGCCAUUAUUUUAAAUGCCACUUUCUAACUGUCAGAUGGUGGAAGAAUGUUCUGCAAUCAUUUUUAAAAAAUGGAUAUGAGAGCGCUAAUAAAAAGGGGCAUCCAGGCA